UUUGCAUGAGAUUGAGGGUGGAAAACGAGGCUUAUACAAGGAGAAUGGCGUAUUAGUAGUGCAACAAUUUAUCACCAGAUGUUCACUUACUCCCAAGUUCUGAUUUCUGAACCUACUUUACAACCCCCCUAAACUUCCACUUCCUCUUCAUCUUCUUCCUUCAACCAAACCCGUAUCCCCUCAGUUCUUUGUAACAUGGAAUUUAUGCACUUUUAAUUUUCUAAAAAAAAAAGAUGGGUUAUUUGUAUCUAUCACCAUUAGGGAGGUUAUUACUUUGCAUCACAAUUCCAUUGAUCUUGGUAUCUGGAUUUGUUUGUUUCAAUGGUGGUACAAAUUCUUCUAUUUGGGUCUUCAAUUCUUCAAAUUAUCACACGAAAACUUUAUCAACCAAAGAUGAAGUUUUGAGGUCAGAAUUUGAAGGAGUAGAAGAGGAAGCUAGUGUUUUAGCAGAGGACUCUGUUUUUGAGGAUAAAACCUUAAAUGAAACACACGGGCCUCUAACGAUAAAAGUAAAAAUAGAGAAGGUGGCAACUGAUUUGGAAAAGCUUGAAAUUGGACUUCAGAAAGCACGUGCCGCAAUCAAGGAGGCUAAGCAUACUAAUCUUACGUAUUACGAUCCCGAUUUUAAGCCCGUCGGUCCGAUUUAUUGGAAUUCCAAUGCCUUUCAAAGGAGCUAUUUGGAAAUGGAGAAACAAUUUAAGGUGUAUGUGUAUGAGGAAGGGGAAUCCCCAUUGUUCCACAAUGGUCCUUGUAAGAGUAUAUAUUCAAGCGAAGGGAACUUUAUACACCUAAUGGAGAUUAACCACCAAUUCCGAACCAAGAACCCUAACAAGGCUCAUGUUUUCUUCCUUCCCUUUAGUGUAAGUAUGAUGGUUACAUUUCUUUAUCAACCACAUUUACGUAACUUGGAUUUUAUAAGUAACACCGUCAUAGACUACAUUCACGUCAUCUCCAACAAAUAUCCUUACUGGAAUCGCAGCCUUGCCGCGGAUCAUUUUAUGCUCUCUUGCCAUGAUUGGGGUCCAAUAGCAUCAUUUUCCGUCCCUAACCUAAAGGAAAACUCAAUUCGGGUGCUAUGCAAUGCUAAUACAUCGGAAGGAUUUCAACCCCGGAAAGAUGUAUCACUUCCAGAGAUCAACCUCCAAACGGGGGCAAUAGACGGGUUUGUUGGGGGACCAUCUCCUUCACACCGGUCCAUCUUAGCUUUCUUCGCCGGUGGGAAUCAUGGGCCAAUUAGGCCGUUCCUCCUAGAACAUUGGGGGAACAAGACCGAUCAAGAUAUGAGAAUACACACUUACCUCCCAAAAAAUGUUUCCUACUAUGACAUGUUAAGGAAUAGUAAAUUUUGUAUUUGCCCAAGUGGCUAUGAGGUUGCGAGCCCUAGGGUAGUUGAGGCGAUCUAUACUGGUUGUGUACCAGUUCUUAUUUCGGAUAAUUAUGUUCCACCAUUUAAUGAUGUCUUAAAUUGGAAGGCCUUCUCAGUUGAGGUGUCGGUCAAGGACAUACCCAAAUUGAAGACAAUCUUGUUAAGUAUUUCUACACGCCGAUAUUUGAAUAUGUAUAGAAUACUGCUUCAAGUCAGGAGGCAUUUUGAAGUCCAUCAUCCUCCUAAACGUUAUGAUUUCUUUCACAUGAUACUUCAUUCAGUUUGGCUUAGGAGAUUGAAUCUCCAUGUUCAUGAUCCUUAACAGUUGUAAAUUCAACCCUUUUCUUUUUUUUUUUGCUUUAUUUUAUUUCAUACUAAAUUUGAACCCCGUGCGAUACACGAUUAUCUUUUAUUUUA